UUAGCUAUGGUAGCUAAAUCCGUCAAUGCCACCUAUCCACUGACUAAAUCAUGCAUCAACGGGCAAGGUUGCAUCGGAGAGGACGAUGAGCUCGAAUCUCUAAUGGAUUCAGAGACAAACCGACGUCAACUCGCAAGAGGACGUCGUUACAUUGGCUAUGAUGCUCUCAAAAAGAACAAUGUGCCUUGCAGUAGACGUGGCCGAUCUUACUACGAUUGCAAGAAGAGAAGAAGGAAUAAUCCUUAUAG